AAAUCCCUGUUCGUCUCCCUCGUUUUCCAAUUUCCCCGUUCGUUUCCCUCGAAAACGAAUUCCCCCAAAUUAAUGGCGCGCCAAAAAUUCCCCCAAAUUAAUCGCGUGCUAAAAAUUCCCCCAAAUCCUGACGUAUCCCCCCCCCCCCCCCUCUCUCUCUUUCUCCUGCGUAUGUCUCUCUCUCUCUCAUGCGUAUGUAAAUUUCUUCCGUAAACUAUCGUCUCAGGUGAUACUCUGGGUGUAUACUCCAUAGCUGAGGCAUGGCAAAGAAAAGACGAUUUACUACUUGCGAAACAGAGCAACAUUCAUAGCCUUUUCUCUCACAUGGAUCUCCAAAUCAUGCCCAAUCAUAUGGGGCUUCACAACCCACUCAGCCACAUGGAUCUUCGCAGACUACCCAUUUUCCUAGAGCUUCACAGCCUUACCAUUUGCCUAGAACUUCACGGCCUUCUAACUCACAUGGCUCUUCGCAGCUUCACGAGGUAGAGGAGGACUUGAAUGUACAGGCAAAUGAACUGUUUCGAGUUAAUGCUAAACCAAUGGAUAAGACUUGGAUGACGAAAAGUAGAUCAUCAAGAGACUAUUUACAAGGGAUUAUGGACUUUUUGCACUUUGUUGCUCUAAAUGCAUCAAAGGAGGGAACAAUCUUAUGUCCAUGUGUGAAAUGUGCAAAUUCAUUCAUGUUCAGCCUCAAUGUUGUCCAUGAUCACUUAGUCUCAUUUGGCAUUAGUCAAGGUUAUGAUUGUUGGUAUUAUCAUGGCGAAACUAUCUCGGUACCAACUUCUAGCAAACUUGUGAGACUCCUGUUGAACAAAUAGGACUUCAGUUUGGUGACAUAGAAGAAAUGUUGCAUGAUGUGUUUUACAUGCAUACUCGAUCUACGGAUGACAUUAGAGAUGAAACAAAUGAAGCAGAACCCUUUAGCCAAGGUCCAAGUGAGCAACCUGCUUAAGAACCUAAUGCAAAUGCACAAAGAUUCUACGACUUGCUUAAAGAUGCCAAGUAACCUCUUUAUGAAGGUUGCAAGAAUUUUAGCAGGUUAAGCCAUUGUGCAUUGGUAUCACUUAAAGUGUCUUAGGGGGUUGAGCAACGCGACAUUUACAAUGAUUCUCCAAUCAUGGAAAGCUAUUCUUCCUCCGGAUGCUAAAUUACCAAAGGAUUGCUACGAAGCUAAGAAAAUUAUCAAGGAUUUGGGCCUCGGUUAUGAAAAGAUUCAUGCUUGUCCCAACGGUUGUAUGCUAUUUUGGAAGGAACACGCGAAUGAUGAUUUUUGUAAAUGUGGUGCUUCAAGGUGGGAUACGAAUGAUGCUGAUUUGGAGUCUAAUUCGAGUAGUUCAUCGAAAAAGAAAAAGAAAAAGGCUGCAAAGGUUCUGCGCUGGUUGCCCUUAAAACCAAGAUUGCAAAGACUAUAUAUGACAUUAAAAACAGCUGAAUCUAUGAAAUGGCACGCUGAGGGUCGGACAAAGGAUCGUAAAAUGAGGCAUCCUGCUGAUACUCCAGCAUGGAAAUAUUUUGACUCUAAACAUAAAGAUUUUGUUGCUGAACCCCGCAAUGUAAGAUUGGGAAUAGCAUCUGAUGGAUUCAACCCUUACGGAAAUAUGGGUACUAGUUACAACAUUUGGCCUGUAAUUUUGGUACCAUAUAAUUUGCCUCCAUGGAUGUGCAUGAAAAGAACUUCUUUCAUCUUGUCAUUGCUUAUUCCUGGUCCGACCUCACCAGGAAAGAAUAUGGAUGUCUAUUUGUAGCCUUUAGUUGAGGAAUUAAAAGAGCUAUGGGAGGUUGGAGUAGAAACUUAUGAUGUCUCCUCUAAAUAGAACUUUCAAAUGCGAGCAACAUUUAUGUGGACAUUUCAUGAUCUCCCCGCUUAUGGUGACAUGUCUGGUUGGAAUACUAAGGGUGCUCUCGCGGGUCCUUCUUGCAAUUAUGGCACUCAUUCUCGCUGGUUAAAACAUGGAGGAAAAUAUUGUUUUAUGGGUCACAGGCGCUUUCUUGAUAAAGACAACAAAUUUCGCAAAGAUAGAAUAUCAUUCGAUGGGAGUCAAGAAAUGGAAGUAACUCCUCGCAUGUUAUCCGGACAAGAGGUCAUGAUGUACACAGAACAUCUUGAAUGCAAAUCCGGGAAGUCAAAGGAUAAUGUGAAAAAACCAAGAAACAAGCAGACCAAUGGCCAUGAGAAAGAACCAUGGACCAAGAGAAGUAUAUUUGCUGAUUUACCAUACUAUCCAGAUCUGUUAUUGCGUAACAAUUUGGAUGUGAUGCACAUAGGGAAAAAUGUGAUUGAUAAUGUGAUUGGUACUUUGUUGAAUAUGGAUGGAAAGACAAAGGAUAACCUAAAGGCAUGCCUUGAUUUAGUAGAGUGGGAGAUAAGGUAUGAACUUCACCCACAAAUGUUAGGUUCCAAUAAGACAUAUUUGCCACCAGCUUGCUUCUCAAUGACUCCCAAAGAGAAAGAUGAUUUCUUGAAAGUUUUGAAGCGGGUAAAAGUUCCUGAUGGUUAUUCUUCUAAUCUUUCACGUUGCAUUCAACUUAAACAACGGAAGAUUAUCGGUAUGAAGAGUCAUGACUGUCAUAUACUAAUGCUACAACUUCUUCCAAUAGCAUUGCGAGGGUCUUUGCCGAAAAAAGUUGUUUUUCCACUAAUUGAAUUAUCAUGUUACUUUAUAGCGAUAUGUUCCAAAGUCUUAGAUGUGGAGGAGCUUGAGCGACUUGAGUCUCAAAUUGCAGUCACUUUAUGCAAUUUGGAAAAAAAUUUCCCUCCUUCAUUCUUUACAGUUAUGGUGCAUCUAGUCGUCCAUUUGACUACCGAGGCCAAACUUGCUGGGCCUGUCCAUUACCGAUGGAUGUACCCUAUUGAGAGGUAUGACAUGCUCAGUUAUAUUCAUUUAUAUUCAUUCCAUCAUCUUCAAUUAGUUAAUUAUGUAAAUAUGUUAAUCCAUAGGUACCUCCAUCACCUUAAGUCUUAUGUGCGUAAUAAAGCAUGUCCGGAAGGCUCCAUUGUAGAAGGAUACAUAGCCGAAGAGUGCUUAACAUUCUGUUCACGAUAUUUGGAUACUGUUGAGACAGUAUUCAAUCGUCCGCCAAGAAAUGUGGAAGGUUCUACUGGGUUAAUAUCCCAUUUUGAACUUGAUCAGAAGUCGUGGAUGCAAGCACAUCGUUAUGUCUUAUUCAAUACUGAUGAAAUCACACCAUUCCGCGUAGAACAUAAGGAGCAUAUAAAGAGGCAAAGUCAUCCUCGUCGUCUCACUGAUGAAGCUAUCAAUAGGAUUCAUUCAGAAAAAUUUUGUGAUUGGUUUCGCUCGUAUGUUGGUGUUAUGGAUGACACAAAAAAACAACAACUUGCUGAUAAAAUUAAAUGGCUAGCUCAAGGCCCCAACACUGAAGCUUGACGAUUCAAAAGAUACGUCAUUAAUGGUUUCAAGUUUCGAACAAAAGAUAGCGAGGAGAUGAAGAAAACUCAAAAUAGUGGGGUUUGUGUGGACACUGAAGGGGGAACUAUGUACUAUGGUGUCUUAACAGACAUUGUUGAGUUGAAUUACUUCGACAAGUUUAGAUAUGUCUUAUUCAAAUGUAAUUGGGCCAAUGUCAAUUCCAAUAGGGGUUGUAAGACUGAUGAAUACGGAUUUGUCCUUGUGAAUUUUUCUCAUUUGAUACAUAAAGGAGAUCACUUGAAGGAUGAGCCGUUUAUUCUGGCUUCCCAAGCUUCCCAAGUUUAUUAUGUGAAAGAUGUCAGAGAGAAAGAAUGGGUCGUUGCAGUCAGAACAAAAGCAAGGGAUGUGUAUGAUGUUGGUAAUGGUGAAAGUGAAGAGGGUGGUGCUGGCACAUAUUAUGAUAAUGAGCCGUAUAAUUUGGUAGCCGAAGACAUACCUACUAACAUGAACGAGAACCUUGAUUGGUCGAGGAAUGAUGCAGACGGAAUUACCCUUGAUCCACUUGAGUUUGAGAGUCAG